CCUGAUUGUACUAUAUCACUUAGUUCGGGGCCAAAUAGCCAUUAGCUCAAAAGAAAAGAGAGUACACGCGUCGCGAGUCGCGACAAGAGGAAGAGGCGAAGCCAUUCAACGCCUGACUGAUCUCCAAUCAGGAAUCAGUACAGAUCCGCCAUUGAUUGUUGAUUGGCAAACAAAAUGUCAAUAGCAGAACACAACCUUUUCCCUCACCACUCUCCCAUUUCCGCCUGCUCGCUCUCACCAUCGCACACAGUUCCGACAAACGAGGCUGCCUGCCUGCGGCGGGUUUAGAAAUUUUGACGAAGUAACCCUCCUCCGAUGGGCCGCCGGCAAUCGGAUUCCGAACUCGGCCGCCGCGCUCUCCUAUUUCUCCUCCUCACCGCCGCUCUCUCCUGCUGCAUGGUGUACCUCUGCUUCUCCCAUGCCUUUGAUCAUCUCGAUGACUUUCCUUCAUUUGAAUCGGAGGCCGAUUUGGCAUUCGGGGGUCGACAAGUCGAAGAAGAGGAGGAGGACAAGGAUUGUUGCAGAGGGAUUCCGCACCUGGAGCUUUGGGGCGAUGCUGUAAAAUGGGGUGCUAAUUUCAAGCUCAAUUCCUCCAGGGAAUGCUGUCUCGCUUGCAAGGCCAUGUGCAAAUCCCCUUGCCUUUGUGAUUCUUGGGUCUUUUGCGGAGAAAAACCCGCCUGUGGGUCUAAUUUCGGCGAGGUUUUUCUGCUCUCUCUGCUGCUGCUGCAAUUCCAUGUUGGCUCAAGAAACAGAAGGACCCACUGGAGCCUGAUCGGCGAGACGCUGGCAGUCUGGUGAUGUGGACUUCUGGACUUGUCUAUGGAGAAAGAGAGGGCAUCGUCGGAUUAGAAACAGAUUAUGGGAUGCUUCGUGUACACGUAAGUGGUCUUCGGUUCCAUCCGCUCCUAUGAACUCAUCGAGCCCAUAACUUACUCAGAUUUCCAUCUAGUCAUGGGUUCAUUUGUGGUUGUCCUUUCGAGUUAUUUUAUCUUCCUUUGAUUUACUUGUGUUCUGCAUUACUCUAUUGUUAAUUGAAUGAAGAGCUGCGAAUUGGAUAUUUGUGUGACAUAGCUUGUUGAAUCAGCAUCCCGUUCUGUCUUGUAUAGUUUUCCAUCUCAUAUAAUUGUUUGUUCAACUUUGCCUUUAUUUUUUUGUCAUUGAACUCCUCUCUGCAGCUUUUACCAGACUGUGCUCCACAUUCGGUUUCCUAUAUCCUGGAGCUGCUGGCGUUGCGUCAUUGUUCAGGGUGCCACUUUUACCGUGCAGAAAGCCGUGGAAGAUCGUGGGACGAUGCAGGAAAUCACAUAAAACAUGCUUCUUAUGGGCCUCCGUAUGCCCUGAUUCAAGGAACACUGGAAGCUCAAGGCACAAUCUUUAAGGACAUCUCACCAGAGGCAUGCCCCACAGUAACAAGAGGUUCCGUUGCCUGGGUUGGUUCAGGUCCGGAGUUCUUUAUCAGUCUAGCUCACCACAGUGAGUGGCCUAAGGACUACUACACCGUGUUCGGUUAUGUGCUUCCAGAAGAUAUGGGCAUUGUAGAGAAGAUUGCAAGGCUUCCCACCAAGCCGGAGGUUUGGAACAAUGUUCAUGUAGCUGUACUGGAAACUAGUGUUCCCUUGCGGAUUAGAAGAAUCGAAAAGAGCCCACUUUGACAAUGAAACCAACCCAGGAGAAGAGAGGAAAAUGCAAAUAGAUUGAUGUUGGGCUGUGAAAGUCGCCAUGGGUAGGUAUUUUGUAGCAGCAGUACUAGUGUAUAGGAUUUUCCAAUUUUGGGUCUUUCUUUUAGAUUGUGGUACGAAUUUCUUGCCACUUCUGUGUACCAAUGAUUUCAAAACAUGCAACCGGAAUUGGAUUCGACUUGUUAGAUACUUAGAUCCAUCAUCAACAUGACCGGUUUGCUGUUUGUUGGGACUAGGCUGCAUUGCACAUCUCCCGUUCCUUGUUCUUCUAAAUCUCCUCUUUAUUCAUUUCUUGUCCGCCCCCGUUAUUGGGUGAAACCUGUAGCGAGAAUUGUAGAGGUUGUUAAGAUUGUAUAUCUUUCGAGAAGGGUUGCGGUCAUGCAGGGAUCCGGAAAUGCUAUGUAGUUUGUAGUAUAAAUCUAAACUGAAGCGCUAACGAGGAUUCAACUUCAAGCAUCAUGAAGUUCUGUAGAAAUUUGUCAUAGUGAAAAGUAUA